ACAAAGGCAAGUCAUUAAAAUAUCCAAAAAUAUAAUAUAGUUUGUUUUGGUGUUGUUUGUUUUCUAUAUAUAGCAAAUUGGGACUACAAUUUAAAUUUCGUGUUACAACCCUGUCCUACAAUGACAAAUGAAAACCCUUGUAACCUCGUAACCUUGUCAAAGUUUUUCAUAUAGUGAAACUAUUAUGGCUAUUCCAUUAUUGUAAUUUACUAGCUCGUCAUACAUGGUAGAGCUACUAGAGUUAGCGUUAACUACGAUGUGCAAUGUAUCUUCGAUCUGUUCUUUGACAGGAGUGCAUAUGACCAUAGACUACAAAAUGACACUGUCCAGACAUCAGUGGAAGGACAAGAAGGAGAAAGUGCCGCUGCUGUUUCUGUCCAACCUGCAGGGACAAAGGUAGCUAGAGGUUCAUAACACCUGGCAGAAUUUCACUCCUGAAAAUCCCACUUCAGUUAAAUUAGUGAUUAAUCGAUCAAGUAGUUACAUGUUACAUGCUACAUGCUGGCUGCGAAGAUGAUUGAGUCACUAUCAAAGCUGCGUGUGUGUGUGUGUGUGUGUGCGUGCAUGCGUGUGUGUGUGUGUAGUUCUGCUGGACAGGUAGCAGUUACAUUUAUUCAAGCCCAGGGAGAAAGCCUCAACUCCUGAUGCACCUGGAGAGCUAUGUGACCAAGGAGCUACAUACUAUCAGCUCUUAUGAGCCAACAUUUCAGGAACUGAAACUACAGGUCUACCGCGAUGUCUUUGGUCGUUUCAUCAAAGAGUUCAAAACCUACCAACCGCUUCUUUCUGCCAUCAAAAAGGAAUAUGAAAACACUUUGGCAUAUCAGCAGGAUAAAAUCCGAGAACUGGAGCCGCUGCGAUCCCAUCUGAGGCUGGUGACAGAGGAAUGCGACAGAAGGAUUCAAGCUCGCUGGGCAGAGGAGCAGGCGGAGAUUGGAGCCUUGAAAAGGGAGAAGCAACAACUGCAGAGGGACGUCAAGGCCAUGAGGGAGAAAGAAAUGGCCAUGCAGGCAGUGGUGGACCGUCUGCAGUCUGAACUGUCCAACCAGUACCUGCAGUACCGGGAGGAGCGCGAUGCCCGCCAGUUGCUGAUCUGGCAGCUCAAUGAUGUAACAAGAGGCUCUGUGAAGGGGGAGCAUCCUUCAGAUGAAAACACAGAAGGGGCUAAGGACCCUGUGGAGCUGCAGCUCGCUCUGAAGGUGUGUUGGAAAGACCUGACUAAAGCCCAGGAGGAGCUCAACAGGAUGAAGGCGGAGUACUGGGAUGUCGUGCCAAGACGCAACUGGGACACCCUGGAACAAAAACACAAACAGAACCUCCUACAGUUGAAGACGCUGCAGGGUGACUUUGACCAGUUGAAGAGAGAGUAUGACACCCUGCUGGAGCUCCACAGCAGAGGCAGCGUGCGGAUUGAGACGCACGACCCUGUCACUGUGCAGAUGGAGGAGAGUUUGUUUCAUGGGCAAAGCCAGAUUCAGUCCAACCACCUCGAAGACCAGAUCAACUCCGAUGCCCCUAAGAGCGGCACACACACCGUCCAGGAGUUUAGGACGGCCCCGAGAACAGUGUUCCCUCUGAAGUCAGAUCAGGAAAUAGAAGAACUUGUGGACUCGGCUCAAAGCGAACCAGACAACAGCGAUGACACCAUCUCCUCUCAGAGACUCCACAGCCUGCUGGCAGAAUCCGGUGCAAGAGCCUUACCUCCAGCUCUAGAAGAAUCAGAGGAAAAUGCUGCAUCAAAUACCUGUCCAGCCAGCGACUGAUAUAAUGUUAUCGAAUACAUUUUAUGGAUUGUUUGUGAAGAAGGUGGGACAACUUGCCGGCUUAAGGUCAUGUCAGAAAACCAAUGGUGUAUGCAACCUCAAUUCUUGAAUCACAGAUAAUUGAUUGUCUCCACAACACUUUUUUUUUAACAAUUUCUGAUAUUUAAAUAACUGAAAAUGUAUGUACAGUAAUAUUGCAAUAUCACUGUCUGCUUUUGCUGAUUUAAAAUAAAACAGUGUCAUCAACCUCCAUUGUAGUGGGAGCUACAACAGAAGCCUCACAAUGUAGAUUUGUUUGAGGAAAUGUGAUUUGACUGACCCUGACCCUGUGACGUUAUUAUAACCAUGGGUGCCUUAUAGAGUGGGUUGCCUAAUGCAACUU